AGUAUUGCUUCGUAAACGUCAAAGGCAAACCGAACUGUGAACGAAGCAGUGUGGAAAAGACGCAAUUAGAAAAUAUUGCCUAAUCGUAUAAGAAAAGGACAUAGAACCAGCCACAACUACCACAUCCCAAAAAACGAAAAGAAAUUAAACCAAAAAUUUAACACAAAGAAAUUGCUGGGAAAAAAGUGAAAAAAUCUAGCAACCAAUAGUCAAGCCAUAAGGAAAAAUACAGUGUUAAGCAAUAAAGUGAAAAAAGGAUUUGAUUUAUUUUUUUAUUCGAAAAAGUAUCCCAGCAGUGUAGUAACCUUAAAAGCGGUUGCAAUUUACAGCUCAGAUUUUAUUUCACUGUAUUCCAAUCAAUGGAAUAAUGAGGCUAACUCGACAAGCCUGUGAGCGAAUCAUCCAUGUUUCAUAAACGAUUACAUAAAAACCAAAUCCAAUCCAACUCUUGCAGAGAAUUGCCCAUCAAGCAACAGUGAGCAACUUCUACUCCUUGGUAAAUCCUUUUUUGCUGAAAGCGGCAAGGAAAACCCGCAAAAAGUCCCCAGUUUGGAUUAUCCCCCAAAAAUUAUCAACAAAGCCAAGUGUAACACAGCAAAAUGUCUCAGGAUAAUAAAAGAUCAAGCGGUGGAUUGCUGUUUCUAAGUCUCUUUAUCGUAAGCCUACAGUUAAUACAAAAUCCGAAAUUCGUCGAUGCCACAAAUUCAGGUACUGCCGCCACACCCGUGGAGGUUAACUUAGCAACGAGUCCAACUUCGAAUGUUUCCACAGUCAACGCGGCCACAACUGAAACGCCGGCAACCGCUGUUGUCUCAAUGCAAGCCGUACAAGUCGAUACGGCCGAGAUGACAACAGGCGAGCCAACCACAUCAACACCGGCAACUACAGCACCUGUCCACGAGAUUAUUGGCUCGGCUGGACCAGAUAAAAAGGAACAGGAGGCCAUACAAAAAGCCUUGGAUUGGUUAAAAGAGAAACGAGCCGCCGACUAUGGUUGGGGAAAUGAUACACAUGUUGUCAUACUCUCCAAGGAAUUGUCUGGGGCACGAGAUCCUUCGGAUCCCGAUGAUCAUGUUCAGAAAAUACAGGAGCUGGAGGACAUGUUGUCGGUGAAGGAAAUGGAAAUUGAGAUAUUGGCUAUGCUCGAUCGCCAUCAUACGCUGCCCAAACCUUUAAAUUUGGAGAGAUUGGCACGUUAUGUGUUGGCUUUGGGUUCGCUGUGUAAGGAUCCCAAGCAUUUUCAUGGUCAUGAUUUGGUGGCCACUCUGCAGCACCAUGAGCCCACGCAAGACAUUGAGUUUGCUUUGACAACACUAGCAGCCUGUAGUUCGGCGGCUCAUGUGCGCAAAAGGCAAAUACGUAGGCUGUUGGAUAUAGCCAGUGGAGUAGCGGAUCAAAAUGUGGAUACUAAUGCUAUGGUUAUUUUGGCAUUACGCUGCAUUGUAACUGACCACAGGCAUCGCCACCUGCAACAUUUUGUGCGAAGACCUGCCCGCGGUCUUGCAAGCCUCCAAGAUCCUCGUGGCAGUUUCGGUUCACUUCGCAGCACCGCCUUGGCCAUGCAGGCUUUGCAAGAUCUGGAAAAUGAUCCCGCAGGAACAUGGAAUAGGACAGCUGCUUCACGAUGGAUUUUGAGCAGACAAGGCCCUCAAGGAGGCUGGACUGAGGAACCCCUGCAGGAUGGCCAGGAUCCCGAUAUCGGUGUAGGUCUAACUGCCGAUAUCGUUUUGGCCUUGGGUUGGAAGGGCUUGGGCGCUGUACGAGCUCUUCAAUGUGAUCACGUUAUACGUGAAAACAGUGAUCCCACUUCAGAAAAUGGCGAACAAAAAUUAGCAGUGCCCUAUGGACUAACUUCAUCGGCGGAGGAGUCGGAUUCCAGAAAUGUUUCAUACACGUACACCUUGUGGGUGGGCUCAAAUGUAACGCAAUCGUUUACAUUGUCGCUGGUGUCCCCGAAAAACACAAGUUUCUUUAAGGCCAUGACACAAGCAGCAGAAAUGGAUCCAAGAUUUGCAUUUGAAGCUCGAGAAUGGCCCAAUGGGCACUAUGUGCAUACUUUAGCCGGCAUGAAAGAGGAGCCCAGAGGCUACAACUAUUGGCUUCUCUAUCGGUUGCCCGAACUUCCCGAUGAAAAUAAUGCACCAGGAAAUCAACUUAUAGCUCCAGUGGGUGUCGAUGAACUGAUGGUUGAAGAUGGUGAACAUUAUUUGUAUUGGUACAAGAAACUUUAAAUGGCCGCCUACAAAUUAGCAUAACAUGAAGCUUUUCAACCAGGAUUCUCCGUCGUCAACAUUUUCAUACCAAAAAUUUCAACCAUUAUAAACUCUAGACUCUCUCCCUUUCCCUCUCUAUCACUCUAAUAAGAUUUUUGUUAAAUCACAUCUAAACGGAAGUAAACGUCUUCAGGACCAUCUCGUCGUCGUUGUCGUUGUAGUCCAAGAUGAAGAAUAUCCUACAUUAUCUACUAGUCAUAACCAUAUGAUUUUCAGUAAAAGCGUUAUUUGAAAUUUUGCAAAUUCUACAGCUGCGAUACAUAAUACAAACAUACAUACACAUCUUAACACACACACACACUCGAACAAAUAACAAACAAAAGAACCUGAGGUGACAUACGGAACAUUCAACAACGUUUGCAGUGUGGUUUAAACGCUUGCAUUCCUUUAGAUAUUGGAACUAAAACCCUAAAAACAAAAAUGAAGAAGAACAAGAAGAAAAACAGCAACAAAGUCUCGUUGACUACUUAACAAAAACAGCAUUGGCAUCGUAGGACAGACAUACAUACAUACCUACUGUGAGGCACACCCACUUAACGAAUAAAUAAUGGAAAAUCGCUUAAACAUAAACCAAACCAAUGAAGAAAAACAAAACAAAGUAAUAAUAAUAAAUAUUAUUAAUAAAGAGAUAACAAUAAAUAUUAACUAAAUAAAAAAAAAAACAAAAACUAAAAGAGAACACAAACUUUAACAACAUUCCAUCGAAUGCAUCGAAAUAAUGCCAAGGGACUAAAACAAAAGGCUUCACCAAGGACAGAUACCUUCUACUUCACAAGAACCACUCACUUAUACCAUCUAUUCACUUACAUACAUACACACACAAAAUUCUGGGAAAUAUAAUAACUCCUAUGACAGGGUGGAAAAAACGAAAAUGGUCCAUAAAGAGAAUGAAAGAUUUCUAUACAAAAAUAAUCCUUUGUUAAUACUGAUCAAAAACAUAAUUCACUUUUUAGAAGAACAUACCAACUCAAUCUACUCAUAAAAGAGUAGAACAAGUUGAUAAGUACCAUACCAAAGCAAUGAUGUUUGGUUAGGUUGAAAAGAGGGUGCAGAUAUUAAUCCGCCCCCUGCCACUAUGGACAUACACUUAAUAGGCUUGUUGUGCGCUCUACAAACUAAAUAAGUAACCUCGAAAAAGAAAUUUUAAAUCAGGAAUUCCGUGCUAAUUACAAAACCCUUAAUUGUUUUCCAUACCACUCGCCUAAGUUGUUUCAUGUCUUGGGCGAGUGGUCUUUUCUUAGCUUAAAAUGGUCGUAGAAAAACAUAACAAUUCAACCUACUCAGAUAGGAGUAGUAUAAAUUGCUGUGUAUCAUUUAAAAGUCAAAAAAGCAUAUAAAAUAUUUCGAAUUGAAAUCAUUUCAAAGCGCUGUAGCAAGAUAUUCUCGGAGCUUGAAAUGUUGCUAGCAGGACCUACAAACUCAUACUACUCAAAUUGAAGUAGCAUGAGUAUGAAUCAUUUCAAAAAAUAUAGAAAUACAUGACUUGAGUGGAAUAUACCAACCCAUACUACUCAAAAUGGAGUAGUAUAAAUGGAUAUGUACCAUUUCAAAGCAAUGCUGAAUGAUAUAUUGAUAUUAUAAUGGCCAUUACUCAUUCUACUCAGAUAUGAAAACAGUCAAAACCGCUUAAUUGAACACCUUGUAAUUGAAAAAAAUCGGUUAAUUGCAAAAAAUCACUUGAACUAAUUGAUUUUAAAGACUUUUUAACACAUUUCACUCAUCUUAAUUGAAAAAUGGUUAAUUGAAAAAACGGUUAAUUGAAAACCCGGUUAAUUGAAAAACCCAUUAAUUGAAAAACUGGUUAAUUGAAAAAUCGCUUAACUGAAAUACAAAUUUAUGCCAAAGAAGUCACAAUUCACGAUAUCAAAUCCGCUUAGUUAAAAACAUUUACUGUAAAAGCCACAAUUUUGGUCACAUCUCUUCAAUAUAGGGCGUGAGAUGUUCUAUUUGACUUCCCAGUAUGUGUCAUCAAAAUUGGCACAGGUUUCGAUAUAACUCCCAUAUAAUCUUUUAUCCAAUAUGUCUAUUUAAGGAUGUGGAAAUCCAAAUUUGUUGUUCCAUCGUACGAAAAUCAUACAAGGUUCUAUUUGAUAUUUCAAUAGGUAUCCAAAUUAAAGUCUGACUAGAUUUCGAGAUAAGUUCUACAUAUAAAAAGUACUACGCACACCAGGUGGGGUAUUAUAUAGUCGGCUCCGCCCGACUCUUGCCUUUCCUUACUGCUUUGUGAUGAGUAUAUAGUUUUUAUUCUAAAAGCAACCCAAACAAGCGAUCUGGAUGGUUCAACGGUAGGAACUAGAAAGCAUCUUCCUUCUUCUGUUCCUAGUGUAUCACAAUGGACGAAAACGUCUAAGUGAGUCUGAUGGCAGACUGCCACUUAACCUAACCUAACCCAAACAAACAAUUUGGAACACAAACUUUAUUAUGAUUUAAGGGCUAAUGAGUGUAUAAUUUUUAUUCUAAAAGCAACCCAAACAAGCGAACUUGACGAUUCAACGGUAGGAACUAAAUAUAAGACAUCUUCGUUCUUCUGUUCCUGAUGUAUCACAAUGGACGAAAACGUCUAAGUGAGUCUGGUGGCAGACUGCCACUUAACCUAACCCAAAUAAACAAUUUGGAACACAAACUCUAAUAUGAUUUGAGGGCUAAUAACAUUUAAAUGCUUCAUUAUAUAAAGGGUGGUUAAAUUUUAAGAGCCGAUGUUGAAAGUGAACCAAACCUAGCGGUCAAGCUUUUUUCUGCAUUUCAUUUGACAUUUCUCAAAUUCAGACUAACCCAAUUGUAAUGAUUGAAAGAUACACAAUCGAGCAACGCGUUAGAGUUAUUCAAAAUCAAUAGUUAACCAUAACUCUGAAAUUUCGUCCUCUAAUUUGAGGUUAAUUUCAAUACAAAUAAAUCCCGGGGAAAAAAACGUCAACUCAUAAAGGGACUCAGCGAAAAUCGUCAAGCGUCAAAGUGCCAAAUUUUGGACAAAAAAUCGACAAAAUAACGUCUAAUCGUCAUGUCCGGCAACCUAGAUUCUAAGCUAACCAAAGAACUGGGGUAAUUCCCCUUCUAUAGAUGCCGAAGUUUUCUAUUCAAUAUCUAGUAUUCCCUAAUAUUUUCUCUAUUUAGCAAAAAUUUGUAGGUGUUCUAGGAGAAGAAGAGCAACAAUCUAUCAUAUUAACUAAUGGAAAAGUUAAUCACAGAUCAAGCAAAAAAGUUGAGUUGGGAUAUUUUGUCAGUUCUCUAAAGAUUGCUUACAUUUUGAACCACUUCACUAAGUCAUUGACCACUUCACUAAGUCAUUGGAGUUUGGAAUAGUAUUUUUCUUCAUAAGAUUUUUGAAGUAUGUAAAUUUACUUAGGUUUUUCGAUAAUUCCAAUUUGUUGGACCAUUUUCUCUACCUUUUUUUCAUCCUGUUCAUGCCUCUCCCCCUACUUUGACAUCACUUUAGAUAGCAAAGAUAUAUUGGACGAAUAUAUCUGUAUAUAUACAGGAUAGACUUCAUGACUGAAGAAAUAUACCACAAAUAGAACAAAAAUAAUAAUGGACCGACAUCCCAAGGACGGACGAACCGAAGAGAUACUACACACAAGACCGUCAAGACACCGUUCGUAACAAUAAGUGAUUAUAAAUCAUACCACUAAAAAAUAAGCAUAAAUAUUUACAUCCAUUAUAUUCAUAAUACAUAGUACAUACAUACAUACAUCCAUAAAUAAUACUACCUACAUAAAUACUAUCAAGCAUUCGUACGUAAAUCAUAUUUGUAUGAUUACGUACGUAGUAACAUACAAUGUAGAUAUUUUUUGCGACUAAAUCAAAUAUUAUUUUGAUAUACGAUUACUAAUAAAUAUAUACAAACCAACCAAAAAAAAAAAACAAAAAUAACGAUAUGAUGAAUGAAGAGAUAUUUAAGUAAUAUAUGUAAUGCAUAUGUAUGCCCUCCUCCAACACUCCACAACUACUACUACUACUGCAAAAGAAACACAUAUAUAAUUAUACUAUCGAUAUAACGAUCCUAUAAAAACACUUCUUAAAUAUACAUACUCCCUUAGCCAGUCUGUCAGCAAAAUAACUGUACUUAAUAGCUCCUAUAUUAUGCUCCUCUUACCAUCAAAGGCAAAACUCUUUUUUUCAUACCAUUAUCCUGCCCUAUGAUAUCUGUUACACUUUUGUUUAGGCUAGUGCUCCCUCCCAAUCUUUUCUUUAUUUCCCUUGUGAAGGCAAAUUUUCGUUACAAUUCUGAAGAUUUUAGUUGCCUAUGAGUCGGAAGUAGGGAUAAGCUCUCAUCAGAUCAGUGAUCAAGUGCACUUUCGUAUCGAAUUUCAUCUCGAAUUUAAUGGGUGUUAUGCCACUUGUAUAUCUAAUGGCAGCCGGUUGUACGUACCGGAAUGCCCCGAUGGAGUUCUUCAUCACACGGCUACAACAACAACCCACUGUAACAUUGAAUUUGUUAUAAACUAGCAUCCAUUUAAACAUUCGCGUUCUUACAUUUCAUAACUUCACGUUCAAUAAAGAAAUACAUAAUUCAGAAUACAGAGAUUUCGAACGAUUGUACUCGUUCACGGUUGAAGUAAUUCGGGCCCAGGAUAGUAUAAUUGGCAAUUCAUAAAAGUAUAAGUUUUAAAAAAAUAUCACUUACUUGUUUGACUAUAUUCCUGUGAUGAUAGACACUCUCAAGUAGUGAAGAUUUCUUCGCAUAUUUUCACAUAUAAUUACAAGUCAAGUUACUCCUUCAUCCUUUGACAUUCUUCCAAAAACUUUUCAGCGUCCUUAAAUUGUCAGCUUUUACCUACAAGAAGAUUUAAAAUUGAAAUAGUUAUUAAAAAUGUGAACUUCAACUACUAAAAUGACAAACAUUGUAACGAAAAGAUGCCUUAUCAGUGGGUUUGAUCUUAUAUUUCCACUUUCUUUAAACCUUUUCCAUAUAUGCCUUAUGUACGACCAUAUUUAUUAAGCUGAAAUGCAAAUGUUCUCCCCACAGGAGUCUAAAUAUUGUUCACUUUUCGUAGAAUUAGGUCUUAUGUUAAGGACAUCAAAUAUAUUUUGGCAAUCAAAGUCACCAAGUUCUCCUAAUUAGUAAAAUAGGUCUUAAUUGGUGAGUGUUGCAAAAAAUCUCAGAAAUAUCACAUUUGAGAACUGUGGAGACUCUUUUCUUGUAUCACUGAUUAGUGUCCUAUUAAAAUGUUAUCUCAAUGAUAAGGUACCUGCGAUGACAGUUUUUAAUACUCAUAAAUGACGCUAGCAUUUCAUGAGGGAAUGACCAAUAGUUCUUUUUGUAGUCUAUGCGUUCAAGAUCAGUUGUUUUUGGCUGGCAUUUACCACAGCGGUAACUACCAAACUAAUGGUUGUCCAACUUAUUUAUUAGUUGACAACAACUACAAAACCAAUGGUUGUCCAUUGAGAACCCAGGGACUGAGAUCUGUUUUAGACUGCCUGACCAUAAUACGGUCCUGCAGGCGGAGAUCCGGGCGAUCACGGAAUGCGUGAAGUGGUGUGGUGCUAACGCGAGGACGUCGAUUGUGAACAUCUUUACCGACAUUAAAAUUGCCAUAAGGGCAAUAACAACCAGGACGGUAAGAUCACGAACAGUAUUGCAGUUUAAGAAGGAGAUUAACGCCUUCUCUGAGGUUGGCAAAAUCCGCAUCAUUUGGGUGCCGGGCCAUAACGGAGUAAGGGGAAAUGAAAGGGCAGACGAUUUGGCGGUGAAGGCCAGAGGACUGCCGUCAAUAAACUUGGUUAUCCCGAAGCCUUUCGGGUCGACGCAGUCGGAGUUAAGGGAGUGGGCGACGAAUGCGCAUGCAACAUUGUGGAACAGCGAAACGGCCGGUAAGACGGCGAAAAUCCUAUGGGGGGGAUCCAGAUCGUGAGAAGACGAGGUUAUUACUGAAAGGAAGCAAGAAGGAGGUCAGUAUAGCUAUUGGUAUCAUAACGGGACACAUAGGACUAGGGGCUCACUUAUGUAAAAUCGGUACGGCAAGUGAUAGCAUGUGUAGGGCAUGCGGGGAAGAUGAUGAGACGCUGGAGCAUUUCCUUAACCUAACCUAACCGGACUCCAUUUUAUGGGAUUCCAUCUCUUCAUCUUUUUGCCUGGUAGAAGGAUCGGAGACCCCGAAGAAAUUUUAGCCUUUAUUGCUAUUGUAGGCCAUCGUAGCGCAGAAGUUAUCAUGGCUAUCAACCUAUGACGCUAAAGGCAUGGGCUCGAAUUCUGGCAAGAACCCCCUCCUAAUGCUGGCGACAUUUGUGAGGCACCGUACAUGCAAAAAAAUAAUUCGUUUAGCAUAAAGGAAAAUUUCUCCAAGUAAACUUCUUUUCUGAAAAACGUUGCACUUUGUUUAUGAUAAAAUUACUUGUUUCUUGCGAUGAACUCUUGCCAGAAUUUGUGACAAAUAUAAUGUUUGCUUACUCAAGCAAUACCUUUCAUCCUUGAUAUAUGUUAUUCGGGGUUUCAUUUAUGUGUUGCUUUAAUGGUUUUUGUCAUUGGACAUACCAGAAUUUUUGGACUUUUAGUCAAUAUUUGAUUUUCAUAAAAUAAGUUGAUAAGAUUUUCAUCAAUAAUUUUGUCACAAUUCAAGUCAAUAUAGAACGUUUGACGUUGACGCUGAACGCCUGGGUUUGAAUCCUGGCGAGAAAAUAAGAACAUUUUUGAGCGCUGGAGAGGAUACUCUCCUAAUGUUUUCGACAUCUUCGAUGCUGUAUUCGUUAUCCUAUAAAUAAAACAAAAAUCACAUAUAGGAGUUGUUGUUUUCGCACAUUUAAAUACCUUCUUUGGGAUGGAUAUUUCUUUAUCGCGUAAAUGUUACCAAACAACCAAUGUAUGUGCCUCAGAAAUUCUUGUUGUUUUUUUUUUGUGCCUGUAAACCAACGUGGCACAAAAGUUAGCAGGUCCGCCUAAAACGACAGACGUCUGGGUUCAAAUCCCUGCGUGAACAUUAAAAAAAUGUUCAGCGGUGGUUAUCCCCUUACUAAUACCGGCUACAUUAGUGAGGUAUCCUGCAAUGUUAAAACUUCUUUUCCAAGUGGUGUCGCGCCUAUGUAAAAAUCUUCUCCCCAAAGGGGUGUCGCAUUGCGGCACUCCGUUCGAACUCGGCUAAAAAAAGAAGGUCCCUUAUCAUUGAGUUUAAACUUAAAUCGGACAGCAUUCAUUGAUAUGUGAGAAGUUUUCCCCUGUUCCUUAAUAGAAUGUUCAUGGGCAAAUUUUCACAAAGCAUGUACCUAUCUUGGGAACUCAGUAUAAAAAUUAUAGCCGUAUUUGAUAAGUAUAACGCCCAAGAAAUCAAAUCGGUUACUGGCAUUUUGGGAAUAUACUUUUUAAUUAGAGUUUAAUUAAAAAUUGAGGUGGCUUAGGCAAUGGCUUCACUUACCAGUGCGGUGAUCAUGAAUAGGUUCCCACCAAAAGCUUUGUUCUAUCGCUACCGAGGUAAAAAUGAACAAAAGAAGGUCCAAUGGAUAGCAAAUGGUCUUAGUGUGUCUGCAACUGACUUUCGCUAUUAUAUAACCUAAUCCAUUUUCAUUCUUUUGAAAGUGACUCUGCUUUCGACAGACAGAAGGAUGAACGGACAUCACUAAUAUAAUAUGGUAAUCAAGAAUGAGGAAUACUAAACUGUCUUUGCAUGAGUUUCAUCAACGAAAUGAAGUAGCUUAAAGGAAUGGCCACUCUGUGUCAACUGAACGAAGUCACACGAAGAAAACUUCGCGUGGCUUCAAGAUUCAAGGUUUAGUAUUUUCAACUGUUUUGGUGCACAUGCCUAUAAUCUAAGACCUAAUGGCAUUUAGUAACAAUUAUAUCUUGAACAGUGAUUUCCUGUUGCCCAUUUGGUCUUUCCAGAUCUUGAAUAGAGCAUUAUCAAACUGCUCAGCCUCUAUAAUUUCUCUUUAUGCAGGUUUGCUUUUUAAAUAUUUUUCUGCAUAAAGGCAUUCAAUAAUACCUACAUACAUACAUGCAUAUAUUUUGAAGGCAACAAACCCCAAACUAGAACAAAAAUACUCUCAACUAUUAUUAUUAUGAAGAUUAUUAUUAUUAUUAUUAAAAUAUACUAAAACCAAAAAAGAAAUAACAAGUCCAAACCAAAAACCUAAAAUAAUAAUGCUAUAAUGAUGUCCCUAUUCAUUUGAAUAUGUUUAUUGAAGACAAAUACCAGACAAAACAUCCCAAAAACCCAAAAACAGCCCAAACCUAAACCC